GAUGAGCAUUUGCAUUCGGAUUACGAAAUUCGAUUGACUCAACGCCACGCGAGUCGAUUCGCGUUCUGUGCACGAGCACUUGCUCAAAUCUAUCAUCUGAGAAUCACGAACUGCUUCGCCACUAAACGGUUAAUUUCAUGCGGAUAUCCGUUUUGGGUUUGGAUGACAUUGAGAGUUGAGUUGAUAGCCACCGAAAGCAUUCAUUCAUUCACUGUCAACCAGCUUGAACAGCGAAGAUCAAAUUUCUGCCCUUUUCUCGGCUACCCACCGAAGCCGAAAGAGACUGCUCGAUUGAUGGUCACUCGAGAAAUCGAACGAAAUCCGAUGCCCAUCCUAGAGGAAUCUUUCGAAUAA